AUGUCUAGCCAAUUUGAGCUUGCGCAAAACCCGACCGAGCCUAUAUCCGCCGUCAAAUACUCCGCUACCAACCCCACAAGAUUACUCGUGUCAUCCUGGGACCGCCAUGUAUACCUCUACGACACGCACGCCGAACCAGGCGGCAAGCUGCUCCAAAAGUUCGAGCACCGCGCCCCGGUCCUAGACGUCUGUUUCGGCCGCGAAGACAACGAAGCCUUCUCCUGUGGUCUAGACUGGGAAGUCCGCCGAAUCGAUCUCGAGACAGGCGCUCAAACCAUCAUGUCGACGCACGAACAAGGCGUACGCAACAUACUCUACUCCGCGCCACACAACCUACUCAUCUCGUCGUCCUGGGACUCUACACUACACCUGCACGACCUCUCGCAACCGGGUGACUUCUCCGCUGUGCGUCUGCCCUCGAAACCGUUUUCGCUGUCGGCCUCGGCCACCAAACUCGUCGUAGCCAUGGCCAGCAGAGCCGUCAACAUCUACGAGCUGGAGAAGCUAGCUGCAGCUGCAAAGACCGGUGGUGGCGAGGAAGUUGCAGUGGAGCCCUGGCAACAGCGCGAAAGCUCAAUGAAAUACAUGACGCGCGCCGUCUCCUGCAUGCCCAACGACGCCGGCUACUCCAGCUCCAGCAUUGAAGGCCGCGUAGCUGUAGAAUGGUUCGAUCCAUCCGACGAGUCGCAGUCCCGCAAAUACGCUUUCAAAUGCCACAGACAGACAAUCGAUGGCCAGGACAUCGUAUACCCCGUUCACGCACUCGCCUACCACCCCGUCCACGGCACCUUUGCUACGGGCGGUGGCGACGGUAUCGUGGCGCUUUGGGACGCGGUUGCCAAGAGGAGGAUACGGCAGUAUCAGAAGUUUCCCGCGAGCGUGCAGACGAUUGACUUUUCGAGUGAUGGCAAAUACGUCGCUGUGGGUGUUAGUCCUGGCUUUGAGGAUGGCGUGGAUGAUGUGCCGGAUGGUGUUACCAAGGUGUUUAUACGGGAGUUGACUGCUACGGAGGCGGCAGGCAAGAAGAAGUAG